AUGAGUGCCUGCAUCCAAGGCAAGCAUGUGGCCAUCAUCUGCGGGGUGGUGGUGGCCGUGGGGCUUAUCGUGGGCCUCUCCGUGGGCUUGACCCGGAACAGUGACUACGGGUCCGGCCCCGACAACCCCACCACUGACGCCCCACAGGUCGUGGGGGUGUGCCCCCCCAAGGUCGAGCAAGGCCCGUGGCAGGAGUUCAGGCUCCCGAAGUCCGUGCUCCCCUCUCACUACGACCUGGAGGUGCAGCCCCAGCUGCAGGAGGACACCUACACGGGCACCGUGAGCAUCGCCCUGCAGGUGCUCACGACCAUGGAUGCCGUGUGGCUGCACCUGCGUGAGACCAGCAUCAUGAAGCUGCCCGAGCUGCGGGGCCCCACCGGGGAGCAGGUGCAAGUGCGGGGCUGCUUCGAGUACCGCGAGCAGGAGUACCUGGUGGUGCAGCCCACCGCCCCGCUCAGCCCCAACAACUACACACUCACCCUGAGCUUCGCCGGCCGCCUCAACGGCUCCCUCGUGGGCUUCUACAGGACCACCUACGUCGAGAACGGCCAAACCAAGAGCAUCGCGGCCACGGACCACGAGCCCACUGAUGCCAGGAAAUCCUUCCCGUGUUUCGACGAGCCUAACAAGAAGGCCACAUACAACAUAACCAUCGUCCACCCCAACGACUACCAGGCCCUGUCCAACAUGCCUGUGCAGAGCUCUGAGAAGCUGGACAACGGGUGGACACGGACAAAGUUCAUGAAGUCUGUCCCCAUGAGCACCUACCUGGUCUGCUUUGCCGUCCACCAGUUCGCCUCCGUCAGCAGGACGUCCAAGCGAGGCAUCCCGCUCACCGUGUACGUGCAGGAGCAGCAAAAGCACACGGCUGAAUACGCCGCCGACGUCACCAAAAUCGUCUUUGACUUCUUUGAGGAGUACUUUGGCAUGAACUACAGUCUCCCCAAGCUAGAUAAAAUCGCGAUUCCGGAUUUCGGCACCGGGGCCAUGGAGAACUGGGGGCUGGUCACGUAUCGGGAAACCAGCUUGCUCUACGACCCCAACGUGUCCGCCUCAUCCAACAAGCAGCGGGUGGCCAGCGUGGUGGCCCACGAACUUGUCCACCAGUGGUUUGGAAACAUCGUGACCAUGGAGUGGUGGGAAGACUUGUGGCUGAAUGAAGGCUUUGCUUCCUUCUUCGAGUUCCUGGGAGUAGCUGAGGCUGAAAAGACUUGGCAAAUGCGAGAUCAGAUGCUCCUCGAAGACGUCUUACCCGUGCAGGGGGAUGACUCUCUGAUGUCUUCACACCCCAUCGUUGUCAACGUGUCCACCCCGGCGGAGAUCACGUCUGUCUUCGACGGUAUCUCAUACAGCAAGGGGGCCUCCAUCCUCAGGAUGCUGGAAGACUGGAUUACCCCAGAGAACUUCCAGAAAGGCUGCCAGAUUUACUUAAAAAAAUACCAGUUUCAGAACGCUAAAACUUCUGAUUUUUGGGCGGCCCUUGAAGAGGCAAGUGGCAAGCCCGUGAAGGUAGUGAUGGACACGUGGACCAGUCAGAUGGGCUACCCUGUGCUUACCAUGAAGGGCAAGACUGCCACACAGUCGCGCUUUCUCUUGGACUCCAAAGCUGAUCCCACCCAGCCCCCUUCGACUCUUGGUUACACAUGGAAUAUUCCAGUUAAAUGGAGUGAAGAUAAAAAGCCAAACAUCCAACUCUACAAUAGGUCACAAACAGGAGGAAUCACUUUGGGUGCUGUUGGAAACACUUUUCUCAAAGUUAACCCAGAUCACAUAGGGUUUUACCGGGUCAAUUACGAAGUAAAUGUCUGGACUGAGAUAGCUAAGAAUCUUUCCAACAACCACAAACAGGAUUUUUCUGCCUCUGACCGUGCGAGUCUAAUUGAUGACGCUUUUGCCCUGGCAAGAGCUCAACUGAUAGACUACGGCGUAGCUCUGGACUUAACCAAGUACCUUAACAUGGAAGCAGAUUAUUUGCCGUGGCAGAGAGCCAUCUCUUCGGUGACCUACAUCAUCAGCAUGCUUGAAGACGAUAAAGAACUGAACCCUCAGAUCGAGGCCUAUUUCCAAGCUCGUGUGAAGCCCAUCGUGGAUAAACUGGGGUGGAAUGACAAUGGAGACCACAUUGAGAGGUUGCUCCGUGCCUCUGUGUUCGGGUUCGCGUGCAAGGUGAAAUAUUCAGAAGCCUUGAAAAAUGCUUCCGAAGAAUUCAAGAAGUGGAUCAAUGAACCUUCUUAUAGCAUCCCUGUGAACCUCAGGCUCCUGGCCUACCGCUACGGGAUGCAGGAGUCUGGCAACGAGACAUCCUGGAACUACACACUUGAGCAAUACAAGAAAACAUCCUUAGCGCAAGAGAAAGAAAAACUGCUCUAUGGGUUAGCCUCCGUGAAUAAUGUGACUCUUCUCUCAAGGUUUUUGGAAUUGCUCAAGGACCCAAGUGUCAUUAAGAGCCAGGAUGUGUUCACAGUCAUCCGCUACAUCUCCUAUAACCCCUACGGGAAGUUUAUGGCUUGGAACUGGAUCCAGCUCAACUGGGACUAUCUGAUCGACAGAUUCACAAUCAAUGACCGGAGUUUCGGCCGGAUCGUCACCAUAGCAGACUCCUUCAACACGGAGCUACAGCUCUGGGAGAUGGAAACCUUUUUCGCGAAGUAUCCAGAAGCUGGAGCAGGAGAGACACCUCGGCAGCAAGUGCUGGAGACCGUGAAGAACAACAUCGAAUGGCUGAAACUAAACAGAGAGAGCAUAAAAAACUGGCUUGCACAAUCCGCUGGUCCCUGA